GUCAUCACUUCCGUAAAACGGGAAAGUGUUUAUCUCUUUGUACUCAUUAAAAACCAACAUCAGGCUAACCAAAUGCCUGCAGGCUGGGAAGAGCCAGCGGCUCCCGCAUCGGCCUGCUUCGCUUAAACCCAGCCGUUAACUCACCUCCCUGACGCGGGACCCACCGAGCCGCUUCUCUGGCUUUAAAGUUCAGCCCUCCUUCACUCCUUGGUCGGUUCACGAUAAUGUUGAGCAGCGUUGCUCUGCGCUCCCAGAUCGCCUCCGUGAUUGAUGCCUUGUCCAAAGCAGCCGUGGCAGAAAUCGCCAAAGUUGUGGAGGAUGGCAUGGUGGUGCUGCGGCUGGAAAUGUGCCAGCGUGAAAACGAGAUCAAGAAGCUGAAGAGCAACAUCGAGCUCCUGCACGGCGAGCUGAGAGCAGCCCAGCAGGCGGUGACCCUGAGACCCGACCACCACGGGAGAGAUGAAAGCCAGGGUGGUGCUGGUGAUGCGAAGAACUCUCUUGAAAAUGUGCAUGCUGAUGAUGGACCCGGCACCCUGUCUGCUCCUGAAGUGAAGGUCAAAUGUGAACCUGUGGAGGAGGAAAAUCAAGAGGCCAGCAGACAGUCCGGCAAACCAGGAGAAGAGCUGCCUCUGUAUGAAAGUGGACAGUGGAGAUCGACGACACAAAAUGAGACUGGACACAACAGCUCUGAUUAUUUAAGUUUAGGACAGAACUCCCUGUCGUGUCUUUCAGAAUCGUCUUUGGACAGUGGGCUGGUUGUGUCCUGCAGCAGCUCUGGUGGAUUUCAGCAGAACCACUUUGGUCGUGGGUUACUGGGUUAUAGUCUGUACCGCAACGCGUACAACACGGUACGGAGGAGGACGGUAAAGAGGUUGCUGUUUAAGAAAGGCUUUAUCUGUCCGUACUGCGGCAAAUGUUUCGAGCGCGCGGGGCAUCUCGAGCGACAUAAAAGGAUUCACACUGGCGAGAAGCCGUAUCGCUGCGAGAUAUGUGGGAGGCGCUUCAAUCAGAAAUGCAGCCUCAAGGAGCACACAAAGAUUCACAGAAGAUGUAAUCAGUCAGGACCAGUCGAGAUCCAAGUGGCUGAGCAGAAACUGAUUCCUGAGGUGAAUCCACCUAUUGAUGCGCAUCGCCCUGAAGAAGCGAGUGUUAAGGAUGCUCUACUUAAGAGUGAGGACAUUCUGCCAACACCUGUACAGGUUAAAUCUGAGCCCGCAGAGAAGAACAUCACACCGCCACCGCUCUUUCACGCGGGGAACGAGCAGACAAGAGAAGGAGUUGAAACCCUCGGCGACACCUUCACAGCGUUUGAGAGAGACAGCCAGCAGUGGAUGCCCAGACUACAAAACAACCCUGAGAUGGGCAGUGCAGAAUUCCUUAGCAGCUCGGAGCAAAACAUGCCAUCAUUCCCCGGGAUGGCUCAGUUACUCCCACCACCAGCUGAAGCUUCUUGUAGCACCUUCUCUUUCCCAGGAAAACCGUACGGCGAACUCAAAAACAGCAUGAUCUCCCAAACGCCCUUUGGAUCCUCAGACCCUCUUAUGAUCUCCCAAGAAGGAGGCUUACACGGUAUGACAGAGACCUUGAUGAAUCACGUGCAUCAGAGGAGAAGCAGAUCUUUUCAGGUAAUCAAACCAAAGAAGUGCUUCAUCUGCUCGUAUUGUGGCAAGAUCUUCGAGCGAGCCGGACACCUUGAAAGGCAUUUGCGAAUUCAUACCGGUGAGAAGCCGUACGGCUGCCACAUCUGUGGGAGGUGCUUCAAUCAGAAGAGUAGCCUCAAAGGCCACAUGAAGACACACAGAAACGGAGAAAACCCAGAUGUGCUGGAGCCACAGCACAUGAUGUUUACACUUCCUGAUAACCAACUGUUGCAGAACUUGGCAGAAUCUAAGAAUGGACUACCACCUUUUGAGGAACCCUUACCAGGCCCCACAUACGGUGGGAUGGCCAGGGAGGAAACGGUUAUGGUAAAGCUGGAGCCUAAUGGAGAGGAUUUUCAGGCUGUAGGUCAGGGAGGGACUGAUAAUGGCACGGCAGCACCAGAUCAAAGUCAGCUGUGGACAUCUGGGAUGGAGAAGAGCAGCGAUGCCCCUGAACAAACUGUCUGUGUACUUCUACAAGAUGUCAAGUAUCACCUCAGUCCUGCUGCCGGAGGUGCGAGUGAGCAGCAGGGAUAUACGUCGCCAAUCAAGGAUCUGCCUUUUCUAGACAACAAAGAAAAUGAAGAAAUGAUGCUCGGCGACCAGUAUUCUGUCAUAGGCAUGCAACCCAGCAGCUCUGAUAUAACUCUCACACCUGAGCCACACGAUCAGCAUAUCAUACACAAGGUGGCUGUGAGUGAUUACAACACGGCGAGUGACCGGACUCCUGAAGGGGGUGUUUUUGGAUUUAACAUGAACUCGUCAACCGACCACGAGGGAAACUGUGGCGAGGACUCUGCCACGCAAAACUGCUUCAUAUGCUCGAAUUGUGGCCAAAGCUUUGAUAGCUUCGAUAUAUUUCAGAGACACCAGUGUGAGAAAAUCACAGAGCAGCCUUUCAGCUGUGAGAUCUGUGGAAAGAGUUUUAACCAGAUGAGCAUCCUGAAACUGCAUCUUAAACUGCAUGUGGACUGAAAUAUACAAAAAUAUGUAAGCACAGCACACACGUACAGUUAUUCCUAUUAUUUAUAUAAACACUUGACAUGUAGUAAAACUCUCAAAGGCUGAAUCUGAAGAACAAAAUGUUGAGGUAGGUUUUUGGUUUUUUCCAAGCUCAAAAAUGAUCCGUCUGACUUCUGUGACAUUUUUAAGUGCUCACAGAAAUGUUUUCCUGCUGCUUCGAACCACUUCAUCUGUUUUUGAAUUGAUUGAGGAGUGUAAUUGCUCUGCAACACAACUGCUCUUUACUUGCUCUGUAUUGUUCUGUGCUGGGCUCUUGAGUGCCUUUCACAAUAGUGUAAUUAAUAUGAGGAGAGAAACAAAGUUGAGAGUAUGGAAGCGCGAUGCUUUCACUUGACAUGAACAAAAAUACACCUGUUUUUUUUCUGAAUUAAUAUAAUUAUCUUGGAAAUCCAAAGAAAAGCUUAAGAUCUUAAAAUCCUAAAAGAGGAGAAAGUCUUUGAGUCAUGUAGUUGAUAACAUUACAAACUGUUUGCUGUAUAUUUAUGUGUUUUUCUGGGAUCCCUUAAACAUCAACAUACAGAAAUAGCAGUAUCUCCCAAUGUUUUAAACGUAAGCAAAUGAACAUCCAUCUUCCACUUAUGGGGGGCCAGAUUGUGGGGGCAGCAGCCUAAGCAGAGAAGCCCAGACCUCCCUCUCCCCAGCUACCUCCUCCAGCUUGUUCCCAGGCCAGCCGAGAGAUAUAAUCUCUCCAGCACGUCCUGGGUCUACCCCGGGGCCUCCUCCCGGCGGGACAUGCCCUGCACACCUCGCCCAGGAGGCGCCCAGGAGGCAUCCUUGUCAGAUGCCCGAACCACCUCAACUGGCUCCUUUCGAUGUGGAGGAGCAGCGGCUCUACUCUUAGCCCCUCCCAGAUGGCUGAAAUUCUCACCCUAUCUCUAAGGGAGAGGCCAGCCACCCUUCAUAGAAUCUCAUUUCUAACUGUGUAACACUAAGUGGGGAGUCAGGAAUCAUCAUUACUGUUCAAGAAAUCAAGCUUUCGUGUUCUUUUGAGAUCUUACGUGAAAUAUGUUUCUUUGGUUGCCUCAAACGACUCAUUUUUAGCAUUUAUGCACCUGCAACACCUUUAUUUUCAUAAAGGUGAAUUAUAUAAGCCUAGAAAACCACCUUUUAAUGGGCUAGAAUGACCCAUUUUAGCAUCUAAACAAUAUCUGACACCUGGGUUAACCAGCAGCACAGAGAGAACAAACAGUGCUGCAGCAUGUGCGUGUACUGGUCUCAUUAAUUCAGAAAAACAGGAGCAUUUUUGCACAAGUGAAUCCAUUAUGUCUCUAUAGGUGAGAAACAUUAGAAGCUGUCAGAUGUUCUUGUCUGUAAACAGAGCAGUGACUCAGACUUGUCAUUAGUUUAUGUGUUACUAACUUUUUUUUUUUUUUUAAGUAACAGGCCAAAAACAAAUGCUUGAUAUUUGCAAGCUACUAACUAAAAGCUUUUUCUGUUAUUUAAAUGCAAAACUUCAAUUUUCUUUUAAUGUAAACUACUCAAAGACAUUUAUUUUGUGUCAAAAGUACUUUAUUUUAUUAUAGUAGACAGUACAGUCCUGUAAUCAACCAUUACCUCAACCCAUAUGACACUGUUCAGCUUUUUGAUGGAAUUUUAAAGGGCCUUGCUUCUUAAAAUGUUUCCUUUACAUUUGAAUUACAUUUUUAAAAGAUAGACAGAAUAGUUACAAACAUAGAUUUCAUUUCUCAUUAUCACAUAGUCAAUUUGAAAAUAUUUAAUUGUUUUUAUUGGUACAAGUGCGUGCAUUAUUUUAACAUAUUACAUUGAAAUUUAGCGCUUUCUGCUCUUUUAUUUGCUAUUCCAUACUAUAGCAUAUAUAACGAAGCAAGUUACUGGACCAGUUUUUCUGAGCUUUGGUUGAGACAUCAUGCCAUUGCUGUUAAAGUGAAAUAAUUUAAUUUUGCAUCAGUAAAAUAGAUUUUGAGAUAUGGGCUGAUAUUUAGUUCUCCCACAAGGAGUUUAACUGUUAUAGAAGUUAGUGUAAGGUAAGUUUUAAACUUAGUUAAAGACAUUCAAAUAGUUUCAUUUUAUUUCUGUCUUCUUGUGGGCUGCACACUCAACCUCAAAUCACAGUAUCUUCUAAAGUUGCAUGAAAUGUGUGCUUGCACUGUAGUGCCACAUUCUGCGAGUUUGGUCUUAAACAAGACAAAUUACAAGCGGAUAUUCUUUAACUUUCCAGUCGAGCCAAGAUUUCAAUUAUGUGACAUUUUCCACUAACCAAAAAAACAAUUUCCAUGAAGAAAUGAAAGGAUGAGAGUUAAUGAUGAAGAAUCAAAGAGAUGGUUGUGCAUUAAAUACCUCAUUUACAUCUAUGGUGACUAUCAAGAAUUUCAAAUGGUCAAAGACUUAAGUUUCUCUUUGUUUCUUUGACUACCUAUACCUACCUACGCUGAUAUUUAUUGUGUCAAAUGUAUUUUUAUUUAUGACCUGGGUCAAAGACAUAAUCCAGAAACUAGUUACUAAAGCAGUGUUGAGUAUUUUAUAUAGACAACGUUGUCCUGAAUUGUUAGAAGGACAAAUGGACUUAAAGAGGCCAUUAAAAUAGCACCGACCAAGCCUACAGAGAGACUGAGGCAGGCAUUGUGUCACAAAACCAUUUAUUGUAUCAUACGAGUGCUUCUGUUUGGUUUGUUUUUUUUGUUUUUUUCCAUGGGAAUGAAAUUCCUAACCUGCCACUGCAGUGUUGAUGCUUCUCAAAAGUGCAUCACAAAGUUAACCUCCUAUAAUUUUUCUCCUUCCUUUAUAUGAAGUGUUUUCUGUUUACUUUAGUACAGUGGCUUAUACACAAGGCUGCUGAUCAACAAUUGCUGAAACCCAAGGCCGUUGUGGAAAGAUUUACAUUCACUUUGUACAUGAAGUUGGAUUACAUAUGAAAGGAUGGGUAAUAUGUGAAUAACAAAAUGCAAUUUUCCUCUUUUGUAUUUUCUAAUAAAUGCAAAAUUCUGUGUU